CAAAAUGUUGAGUGCUAAAGUUAUCUUUCUCGCGACUGUAGCAUUGUGCUAUGGAGCACCAAAUGCCAAACUCUCCAACAAGCGCCUGAGUAUUGCAGGUGGCACUGAUACCACAAUAGAGGAAUAUCCAUUCGUAGCUUCCGUUCAAUGGUGUGAUUCAGUUUGCAAACACGUUAGCGGUGGUGUAAUCGUCAACGAAAAUUGGGUAUUGACCAGUGCUAUUUAUGCAACAAACGCUGAACAGGUUGUUGUUGGAUAUUCUAACUUACAGGGAGAAGACAAUGUUGCCGUUGAAGUUGCAGAUGCAUAUGUUUAUCCUUACUACAACCCAGGACUUGCUCCAUAUGAUAUUGCUCUACUUCAGUUAGCUGAAGCACUGACCUUUAACGACAAAGUACAACCAGCAAAAUUGCCAACGCAAGGCCAAAAAUUCGACGGUACAGCCGUUGUAGUUGGUUACGGUACCACUAACCAACUUCAAGUUUCCCCCAAUUUAACGCUUAUUCCUUACGAUGAAUGUACCGCAGCUGUCCUAAAAAUCUUCCCUGAAUCUUGUCCUUUAGAUCCAGACAGCAACAUGUGUACCUUAAACGAAAAAUCAAACAAUUGCCAUGGUGACGUCGGUGGUCCUCUGUCUCAAGACGGAACCGUAAUCGGUACCGCCACAUUUUACGUUGACCCAUGCGGUUACAACGGAGCUCCAAAUAUAUUCACCCAGGUUUCUAGUUUUGCCGACUGGAUCAACCAAACCAUUACCAAAUAUAGUCAAAUUUUAUAAUUUUUUAAAACAAUAAUAAAUUUUAUCACCUCAUUUUUUUAAAAUAAAGUUAUUUUGUUAAUUAUUUCUUUAAACAAUGUUAAAAAUAUAAUGAAAAAUAUAUCUGUAAAUUAAGAACAAAAACUAAUAAAAAUUUAAUUUGAAAAAUAUAGGCGUUUUCAGAAACUUUAUAAGACUACUUUUAAAAGACAAUGUAAUGACUUAUAAAUAUUUAUAUAACACUCCUUAUAUGAUUAUUCUUGCUUAAGUGUAAUUUAUUAUAUAAGUGUUUCAUAAGUGUUUUAUACUUAUAUUCCAGAUAUGUAUAAAAAUUAAAAACAAUUUUUAUUACACGCUUACGAGUAUAAUGAAAUUUUAUAUGUAAUUAUGGGUGUCUGUAAAAGGUCUUUACAAAAACAUACCACAUAUUCCUUAGACCAAAAUAAGUCGAUUUAAGUAAAAUUACCUUAGUACAAAGUUGCUUCGUUUGGGCUCCAGAUGACCUUGAAGUUACAAUUUUUAAAUCGCUUUUCCCAUAUAAAUUUAAAACGGCAUAUGCGAUUGUAAAACUACAUUGUGUUGCAUAAAAUCUAAAUGUUGCGAAUAAAUCAAUUCUGUGUAUUGUAAAAUAAUUAUAAAAUUGUUGUUUAACAGUCUUAUAAGUCGUUUCUAAAUAUUUUAAUAUGGUCGUAAGCCAUAUCUAUAAAACAAAUAUAUAAUAUCCAUAAAAUAAUUAUAUAAUAGUAGUUUCAGAAACAAACUUAGUUUAUAGGUAUAUUGAUAGUUCCAAUAAUAUAAUAUAACUUUAAAAAAUUGUUGUAUAAAAAUUUUAUAACAUACUCCAG